AUGUACAAAAAGCAUCCGUAUAUCAAGGCUCUUGGAAAACGAACUGAUGUAAACGACUUGGAAUUUGAUUGGAUGGUGAUGUUUCAAAAAAAGUACUAUAUUUAUUUCUACCUCAUAAUGGGUGUACUUAUGCCCAUUGGUGUUCCAUAUUUUCUUAUGGGAGAGUCAUUUAAAAACUCUUUCUUAGUGUGUUACAAUUUACGAUACGCAUAUGAAAUACAUAUAACAGGGCUAAUUAAUAGCGUUGGACAUUUCUAUGGGACAAGACCUUAUGAUAAGAAAAUACUACCUGUGGAGUCUUGGCUCUUGUCAGUCCUAACUUUGGGUGAAGGUUUUCAUAAUUAUCAUCACGUCUACCCCUGGGACUACAAGACUGCGGAAAGGACUAUGCCAUUUAAUAUAUCCGCCUAUGUCAUCAGAUUUUUGGAGAAAAUAGGAUUAGCUUACGACUUGAAGAGUGCUUCAUCUGAAUCGGUAUUAAAAAAUAAUAAUAAUAGUAACAAACAUCUCAUGCUUAAAGUAUCGAAACGUAUUUCGCAAUCUGGUGAUGGAACUCACUACAGUCUAGACAACGACGAGGCCAGGGAAUCUGUCGCUGCUAAAAAAAUACUACAUCUAUUGAAUCCAACCUACAGCAUGAGCUAUAAGCCACCUAUUACUGUGUUCAAAGGUGAA